AAGAAGGUGCGAUCGAGAUGAAUGUAAAUACACCAGCGGGACAUGAGUCAGAGGUUAAUGAUGUGGAUAAUUCAAAGUUAGAUCAGCAAUAUAAGAGUGCAGUCCACAUUCCUGCGGGAGUAAAUGUUGAAAGCAAUGCUGAUCAAUAUUUGUCUGACUCUCAGAACACUCUUCCGGAUGAGCUUUUUUUCAGUCUUAAUGCGUAUGUCAAUCUUGAACGAAGUAUAAUUGUACAUCCAUCAGCAAAUCAAGCACAACAAACGCCAAUGCAUGUUUCAAGGAUUAGGCGACCAUCUAGAUACAAUGAGUCACCAUUCACAAUGAAAUUUGGUUCGGCAGAUGGAACAAUAAAGAAGAACAUUAUUUGAAGGGAAAGACAAAAAUACCAGUCAUCAACUUUGGAAUUUUAUCUAUUGAAGACAAGAAUUGGUUCUACGUUAUGGGUACUCCUAGCCAGACGUGGUCAGAUGAGGUAAGUGAUGUAUUGUUACAUUGAUUUGUAUAUUGGAAUAUAUAUUAGUUCAGUGUUAAAUAUGAAUAAUUGUAAUUGAUUAUUUUGUUAUAGUUGAAAAUGUAUAUUUGUAAAUACAUAUGAAGUAUGUUAUACCUUCACUGAUUUGUACAUGAUAUUUUCAUAUGUAAGGCUUGAUUUUUUUUAUUUGUUUAUUUAAUAUUAAGUAUGAAAUUUAUUUAUAAUGCAGCAAAUUGAUGUAUGCUUGUACUAUCUGCGAAAGAAGUCCAAGUAUGAUCCCAAUAUCUCAUAUAAGUUUAGCACUGUAGACUGCAAUUUCAUGAACAUUGUUACAACUGUGUUUGAUGUGUAUAAAUUGGAUGAUGCAACUCUUAAUGCUGGUGGAAAGAAAUAUCAUCUGAAUGAGUAUGUAAGUGGAUUCCGCAUGCAUGCUAUAGUGCCAUGGCAUACGAUUGAUCAUAUGUUCAUUCCUGUUCACAUAAAGGCAAAACAUCAUUGGAUUCUUGCAGUUAUAUCUUUCAAUCAUAGGUGUAUAUAUCUAUAUGAUUCUUUGUCAGCUGCUGGUCAUGAUGCGACAGUGCUUACUGAAAUUGAAAAGUUAGCUAAGGUUAUACCUAUAUGUUUUAUUGAAAGUAAAUUCUACGAGAAUAAGGGUAUUGACAUCGACAAUCAUCCUAAUUACAAAUUGAAUGAUAAGAUGGAUCCGUUUGGUGUUUCAAUUGUGGAGAAUGUGCCUCAACAACCAAGUGGCAGCUUGUAACUAAUUAGUAUACAUAUUACUUAUAUAUAUACAUAUGCAUUAAAGUUGUAACUACUUCUUACUUAUUAAUGUAUGUCUUUGCGGGGAUUGUGGUUUAUAUAUGGUUACGUAUGCCGAGUAUCUUACUUUUGGUGAAGCUGUUCCAUGUAUUGACUUUGACCCAGAUCUAAUUCGCAUAAGAUACGCUUCACUGUUGUGGGAUUAUGGUACUAGGAAAGUAAACGCAAAGGCACAAAGUGAUGAUGAAGCACCAAUGAGGCCUCUUCGGAUCACUGAGUUAACAGAAGGCACUGAAUUGGUUGAUAUUUGAUUUGUAUUUUAUUUUGUUGAAGUUAACAACAUUUAAGAUUAGGUGGAUAUUUUUUUUUGAAUAGAUUAUGGGAUUCAUAUGUUACUUUAAUGGUCAAAGAUGACAUGUUAAUGUUUCUUUAUUGUUAUCUUAACUUUUUGAUUUUUAAGCGUCUAAUUUUCAGUUUUUCAUGGUUAGUAUAUGUCUAUGUGCGUAUUUGUAAUA